AUGGUCCGCUGGGUAUCCAAUGCCGGACCUGCGGGGAUCCCGCUCACCUUGUCGACGAUCCGCUACCACGUGGCGGUGAUGGCACGCGACAUGGGCAAGCCACAAUCUUUCCGCUGCUCUGUCAGGUGGGUUCGCCGUGCUAUGCGGCGCAAUGGCAUCUGCUGCAUUGCCGCUACCGGCGAGGCCGCCGAUCAAGAUAUGGCGGCGGUGCGCACGUGCAGGGAGAAGCUCCCCCAACUUCUCAUGUAUCUUUCCGUCUCGCUACGCGACGUGUAUAGUUUUGACGAGACGGCGUUGUGGAUUUCAGUCCUUCCGCGGAAGAGCUACGGCGGUGCGCGUUUGGCGGGCCGCAAAAUCGCCAAGGAACGUCUCACCGUCGGACUUCUCGUGAACGCGGACGGAAGCCACGCGUUCCGCCCGCUCGUCAUCUCCAAGUCGAAGCGCCCGCAUGCCUUCCGUCCGGAUUACGACCCCGAUUCCGUUUGUUACUGGCGCCACAACGCGAAGGGGUGGAUGACCGCGGCGAUUUUGACGCACUUCAUGGAGCAGCUAGAUGCUGCUAUGUUCGCGGAAGAUCAGAACAUUGUCAUUCUGCUCGACAAUGCUUCCAGCCAUGUGCUCAAAAGUGAGCACGCCGAGUCCGUGGACAUCUUCGGCUUCCGCACCCGGUCCCUGCGCAACAUCAGGCUGGUGUUCCUUCCGCCGAACACCACCUGUUUCACCCAGCCGCUGGACCAGGGCCUCAUCGCGAUGAUGAAGGCUCGACUCACCGCUAGCGGUACGGGCAAUACUCCGCUCGCCAUCGAUCUCGACAAGGAGAUCGGCGACGUGGGCAUUUUGAUCGACCGGCUUGGACUCGGUCCGGGUGCAAUGCCGGCCGCCGACUUCGUCGCGAUUGAUGACGGGCAGCCGACAUGCGCCGAACCGGGCGAGGAUCCCCUCGCCAUCAAGCCCGCCUCGGCGUAUUCGGCGCAGUCUUGGGAAGCGACCGCGACCAUGCAGGCGGUGUACGACGAUGUGGACCCGGCGACACGCGAAGCACGUCGCACGGCAAGGGCGGCAUGUGAAAUGCUCAUCGGAUAUGCGCGCGCGACAUGCAUCACCCCCUGCGAGCUGUGCGCUCUGUUUGAAAUUCGCGACCCGAUUAUCAUCGAGCGCAUGGAGCGGGCAAGCCCGCCUCUCAACCUCAACACGAUGCCGAUCGCCACUCCCCGGCCUUCCGCCAACCCAGAUGGCGCGCACCCUCGUCCCCGCGGCCGCGUCCUCCCUGCGUGGAUGACGGCGCCCUCUCCCCACCAGGAGCUCAUUGACGACGGUGCUACUGCCGUCAUGGACGGCUUCAUUGACGCAGCUGAGUGA